AUGAAUGUAAAGAAUCUUCAAGUUAAAGAAGUACCUAAUGCUAAAGACAAAACAACUGUAUUAUCAAUGGCUAAAAUGUCUUAUGAUGCUUAUAUUGAAUUGGAACCAUUAAAAGAUCAUUGGAUUGAUUUAGAAGAUUGGGAUGUAAGUACAAUACCAUUCGGUUGGGAAAAAGAUGGUGUUCGAGGAUAUGUUUUUUCUGAUAGUGAAAAUAAAACUAUUAUUGUUGCUAUUAAAGGAACAAGUUUAUCUUAUUUACCAUACGGUGGUGGACCAAUAUCGAAAAACGAUAAAUUUAAUGAUAAUUUAAUGUUUUCUUGUUGUUGUGCAAAAAUUGAUAUAACUUGGAAAGGUGUAUGUGGAUGUUAUAAAAGUGGUUGGAAUUGUGAUAAUACCUGUUUACAUAAGGAAUCUAAUGUUGAGGGUUCUUAUUUUAUUAGCGCCAAGAUAAUAUACGAAAAGGUUAAAAAAGAUUUUCCAGAUUCUGAUAUUUGGUUAACAGGCCAUUCUCUAGGUGGAUCUUUAGCAUCAUUAUUAGCAUUAAAUAAUAGUUUACCAGCAUUUACAUAUCAAACACCGGGUGAAUUAUUAUAUGCAAAAAGACUAGGAUUAAUUACACAUGAUUCUCAUAAAUUACCCAUUUAUCAUUUUGGUCAUACAGCUGAUCCUAUAUUUAUGGGUGUAUGUAAUGGCAGGUCAAGUAUUUGUUAUCAUUGGGGGUUUGCUAUGGAAACCAAAUGUCAUACAGGUUUGUCAUGUGUGUAUAAUACAAAAUCAAAGUUGGGUUGGAAAUCUGAUAUAAGAAGUCAUGGUAUAGUACCUUUUAUUGAAGUUAUUGAUAAUUGGAAUGAUAUAACUAACGGUAAAGAUGAUGUUGCUAGUUGUAUUAAUGAGGAAAAUUGUAAAGAUUGUCAACAUUGGAAUUUCGUAUAA